CCACUCCUUCCUCUCUUCUCUAUUAUCAUGAUAAUUAAUCAUUAAUAUAGCAAUAUAAAGUAUCUCACACGCUCAUUAUUCACAACUAAUACAUACACUUUCAUUAGCAGUGAAGACAGAUGAUGAAUAUGGGAAAAGAAGAAGUUGAAGCAGAGGGCAAGAACAGGAGCCUUGAGGAUUUCGAUCCACAAAAGAAGCCUAAGCGAAACAACUAUGCUUUUGCUUGUGCCACUUUGGUUUCCAUGACUACCAUCUUGCUUGGUUAUGACAUUGGGGUUAUGAGUGGAGCAGCAAUGUACAUACAAAGAGACUUGAAGAUAUCAGAUGUGAAAAUUGAGAUUCUGCUGGGAAUCAUAAACUUGUAUUCUCUAGUAGGGUCAUGCCUCUCAGGAAGAACCUCCGACUGGAUUGGUCGUCGAUACACCAUAGCGCUUGCCGGCGCAAUCUUAUUCGCCGGAGCCAUAUUGAUGGGCUUCUCUCCCAACUAUGCAUUCCUUAUGUUUGGCCGUUUUGUUGCUGGUAUUGGCAUCGGCUACGGCGCCGUCGUUGCUUCCGUCUACAUCGCCGAAAUCUCCCCUGCUUCCUCCCGUGGAUUCCUCACCUCAUUCCCUGAGGUAUUCAUAAAUGGAGGGAUAUUACUGGGAUACAUUUCAAACUUUGCAUUCUCAAAGAUGAAACUCCAAGUCGGUUGGAGAAUGAUGCUCGGAAUCGGAGCUAUACCUGCUAUGGUUUUAGCCAUUGGAGUGUUAGCUGUACCAGAGUCACCAAGGUGGCUCGUAAUGAAGGGUCGCCUGGGCGAAGCAACAAAAGUGCUAAACAAAACCUCCGACACAAAAGAAGAAGCACAACAACGCUUAUCAGACAUCAAAAGAGCCGCGGGAAUCGCACAAGACUGCAACGACGACGUCGUUCAGGUCGCAAAGCAGAACACCGGCCAGGCUGUAUGGAAGGAGCUUUUCCUCUACCCUACACCCGCGGUUCGUCACAUUCUAAUCGCAGCCCUUGGUCUACACUUCUUCCAACAAUCUUCUGGCAUCGACGCCGUCGUUUUGUACAGCCCGCGAAUAUUCGAGAAGGCUGGGAUCAACAGCGACACGGAGAUACUACUUGCAACUGUGGCCGUUGGGUUUGUUAAGACGGUUUUCAUUUUGGUUGCCACGUUUACUUUGGACCGCGUGGGGAGGCGUCCCCUGUUACUCUGCAGUAUUGGCGGAAUGAUGCUCUCGCUUCUCACGCUCGCUACCAGCCUCACGAUCAUUGAUCACUCGGAUCACAAGGUGACCUGGGCCGUUGGAUUGAGCCUUGCCACUGUGUUGUCUUUUGUGGCCACGUUCUCGAUUGGUGCGGGGCCCAUGUGGUCGGUUUAUUGCUCUGAGAUCUUUCCGUUGAGGCUGAGGGCGCAGGGUACGGCUGCGGGCGUUGUGGUAAAUAGGGUCACGAGUGGCGUGGUGACAAUGACGUUUUUGUCCCUCUCCAAGGCCAUUACUAUUGGGGGCGCGUUUUUCCUCUUUUCGGGGAUUGCCUUGCUUGGCUGGAUAUUCUUCUACACCAUGCUCCCUGAAACGAGGGGCAAGACCCUUGAGGAAAUGCAAGGGUCUUUUGGUAAAUUCUGGGCAAAACCCAAUUCCGCUGAGGUUGAUGGUGGUAAUGGCCAAGUUCAGCUAGGAUAAUAUAAUGUGGAUAUUAUCGUUACGAAAAUAAAAUAAUGUGGAUUAUUACAGCAGCUAAGUUUUGUCUCUAUUUAGGUACCAUAUGCUUGGAUUAUUACUGUGGUGGCAGGCUAGCAGGUCAAGUUGCAAUUGGCAACGAAUUCAAAUAUAGCAGCUUAGUUGCUCGUGACACAUUAAUUGAUAUGGACUCAUAUAUAUAUAUAUAUGAUGCUAGCAUGCAAGGUGUUCGCAAUUCUUUCUGAAUUUCGUUUACCCUUGAAACUUAUCCCUCCACAAUUCUAUAUU